AUGUCUGUGCGAAAGAUAGGGCUCGAGUCUAAUCGCACUGCCGGACAGGAUGACGAGAGUCUGCGAGCGAUUAGCAGCGUGGAGCACCAUCCAUUGAUGAGAUUCAUCGAGCUGCAGGAUAAACAGAACAAUGUGACGGAGGUGGAAAUUCCCGUCCCAUUCGGGAAGAUCGCCGGCAAGUGGUUCGGGCCGAAGAAUGUACGACCGAUACUGUGCCUGCACGGGUGGCUCGAUAAUAGUGGAACGUUCGACCGGUUGAUACCGCUUCUGCCAGAAGACGUAAGCUUCCUGUCGAUCGAUCUACCCGGGCACGGAUACUCGUCCCGCAUACCGGAUGGUAUGUCGUACUACGUUAUCGAUUGCAUACCGCUCAUCCUAUCCAUUAUGCGGGAGUACGGCUGGGCGAAGGUGUCCCUGAUGGCCCAUUCCAUGGGAGCAACCAUAUGCUUCAUCUUUGCCGCACUGUUUCCGGACAAGGUUGAUCUACUGAUCGGGCUUGAUGCGCUGAAACCGCUCAGCUUCUACGCCGAUACGUUCCCGCAGCGCAUGAGCAAGACGGUGCUGAAGUUCAUUCAGGCUGACAUCAGAAAUCAGGAAAAAUCUGAACCACCGUCCUACACGUACGAGGAAAUGAUCGACCGAUUGUACGAAGGCACGGCUGCAUCGGUGUCCAGGGAAACGUGCCCUUAUUUGCUGCAGCGCAACAUAAAGCCGUCGCGAAAGUUCCCCGGCAAGUAUUACUUCGACCGGGACAAUCGCAUGAAGUACAACGUCAUACCGGGCUGGGCGGACAACGUUAAUGUGGAGCUGGCGAAGCGUAUUACGGCACCGUUUCUGACGGUGAAAGCGAUCGAUUCGCCCUAUCCGGGCUCAAAGGAAGGAUUCGAACAAACCGUGACCAUCCUGAAGGAAUUCAACCCAAAGUAUGAGGUGGUGUACGUACCCGGCUCCCACCAUGUGCAUCUGACCGAGCCGGAAAACGUCGUACCGGUGGUGGUGGACUUUCUGCGAAAGUAUUGGCGUAAGGAGAUGGACGUAGUUAGCAAGCUUUAA